CCCCGCCCCCCAGAUCCGUCUCCUCCCCCACAGCCCAGAUCUCCCACCAACACGCAAACCCAGAUCCACACCGCCUCGCCGGAGCAGCCGCAGCAGCAGCCAUGGCGAAGGAGGCCGGCGGCGGCGGCGCCGACGGCGCCCUGUCAGAAUCCGUCCUCCGCAAGGUGCUCAUCUCCUACUGCUACGUCGCGGUGUGGAUCUUCCUCUCCUUCACCGUCAUCGUCUACAACAAGUACAUCCUCGACCCCAAGAUGUACAACUGGCCCUUCCCCAUCUCGCUCACCAUGGUGCACAUGGCCUUCUGCUCCUCGCUCGCCGUCGCGCUCGUCCGCGUCUUCCGGGUCGUCGACCUGCCCACCUCCCCCGCCAUGACCCCGCAGCUCUACUACACCUCGGUCCUCCCCAUCGGCGCGCUCUACUCCCUCUCCCUCUGGUUCUCCAACUCCGCCUACAUCUACCUCUCCGUCUCCUUCAUCCAGAUGCUCAAGGCGCUCAUGCCCGUCGCCGUCUACUCCAUCGGCGUCCUCUUCAAAAAAGAAACCUUCCGCUCCGCCUCCAUGCUCAACAUGCUCUCCAUCUCCUUCGGCGUCGCCAUCGCCGCCUACGGCGAGGCGCGCUUCGACCUCCGCGGCGUCGCCCUGCAGCUCGCCGCCGUCGCCUUCGAGGCCACCAGGCUCGUGCUCAUCCAGAUCCUCCUCACCUCCAAGGGCAUCUCGCUCAACCCCAUCACCUCGCUCUACUACGUCGCGCCAUGCUGCCUCUGCUUCCUCUUCGUGCCCUGGGUCUUCGUCGAGCUGCCCAGGCUACGCGCCGUGGGCAUGUUCGAGCCCGACUUCUUCGUCUUCGGCACCAACUCGCUCUGCGCCUUCGCGCUCAACCUCGCCGUCUUCCUCCUCGUCGGCAAGACCUCCGCGCUCACCAUGAACGUCGCCGGCGUCGUCAAGGACUGGCUCCUCAUCGCCUUCUCCUGGUCCGUCAUCCGGGACACCGUCACCCCCAUCAACCUCAUCGGCUACGGGAUCGCCUUCCUCGGCGUCGGCUACUACAACCACGUCAAGCUGCAGGCGCUCAAGGCCAAGGAGGCGCAGAAGAAGCUCGCGCAGGCUGACGAGGAGGCCGGCUCCCUACUGCAGGAACGAGACUCACACUCCCACGGCGAACGCAAGGCCGACACCCAGUCCUAAGAAGAGCUUCGUAACCCUGAUCCAACACCACCAACAACGCCCCGCCCAAGCAUUUGUGAUCCUUUCUUGUCCUGAUUUGUGCUUGGAUGGCAAAUAAACACAGCAAAUAUACGAUCUUUUGUAUCCGGCGUGUGAAAUACCAGUCUAUUCUUUUUGCCACUAGUAGCAGUCUUCUUACUUACUAUCAGUAGGCAGUACCAGCAUCAAAAUUGUAAUCCCCGGUCCGGACUAUUGAGCAAUGGAUGAUCAUGAAACCUUUUUCA